UCAAUUUUGAAUAUGUUACGAAUUUGGUGAAAAUGUUGACGUGUUUCCCAACGAAGGAAUAAGCUUCUGCUUGAAUGCUGCGAAUCGUGUCAUUUCCAGAGAAAAACAAAAAGAGCCGCUUUUCUGCAAAUUAUAAACAAAAUACACAGAGCUACAUAGGGAACUCUAAAGUUAUGGGUCGUCUUGCUCCUAUCGUAUUUCUUCUGCUCAUGACCUUCUCAGUUAGCCCGGGUAAUGGGGAUUUGUUGAGGGUUGGACUGACGAAGAAGCCGGUGGAUCUGAAAACAGUACAAGCUGCAAGGCAAAGGGGUCAUUGCAAUGCAAUUAAGCAAAAACAUGGGUUGGGCGAGUCUAAUGGAGGCGAAUAUGUUCCUUUGAAGAAUUAUCUGGAUGCCCAGUAUUUUGGAGAAAUUGGAAUUGGUACUCCUCCUCAGAACUUCACAGUCAUCUUUGACACAGGAAGUUCCAACCUUUGGGUUCCUUCAACCAAGUGUCGCCUUUCGCUUGCUUGCUAUUUUCAUUCGAAGUACAAAUCAGGCCUGUCAAGUACUUUUCAAGUGAAUGGUACAACAUUUCAGAUCCAGUAUGGAAGUGGCGCGGUGGCUGGAUAUUUGAGCCAAGAUCAUGUGACCGCUGGGAACCUCGUGGUUAGAGACCAGGUUUUUGCUGAAGUCACACGAGAACCAGGUCUCACAUUCUUAUCUGCAAAGUUUGAUGGUAUUUUAGGGCUUGGCUUCCAGAAAAUCUCAGUAGGCAAUGUUGUACCAGUCUGGUAUAAUAUGGUUAACCAGGGCCUUGUAAAAGAGCAGGUCUUUUCAUUCUGGAUGAAUAGGAAAGCAGAUGAUAAAGAGGGAGGUGAGAUAGUCUUUGGAGGUGUUGAUCCAAAUCACUUCAAGGGUGAACAUGCAUAUGUUUCUGUCACACGUGAGGGUUAUUGGCAGUUUAACAUGGGAGACUUCCUCAUAGGUGGGGAAUCAACAGGUUUCUGUGCUGGAGGUUGUGCUGCUAUUGUAGAUUCUGGGACCUCUCUAUUGGCUGGUCCAUCGGUUAUUGUAGCACAGAUCAACCAGGCUAUUGGUGCUUCAGGGAUUCUUAACGAGGAAUGUAAAAGUGUGGUGUCCCAGUAUGGAGAUAUGAUAAUAGAGCUUUUGAUGGCACAGACAAACCCUCACAAGAUCUGCUCCAAAAUUGAGUUAUGCUCAUUUGAUGGUACCAGGGAUGUUAGUAUGGGAAUUGCUAGUGUUCUUGCAAAGGAUCAAGAUAAGGCAGAAUCAGCUAGUAGUGGCAUGUGUGUUGCGUGUGAGAUGGCAGUUGUGUGGAUACAGAAUAAACUAGCCAAGAAUAUCUCCAAGGAGCAAAUCAUGAACUAUAUUGAUCAGCUUUGUGACCAAAUGCCAAAUCCUAAUGGAGAGUCAGCUGUGGAUUGUAGUAAAAUAUCAACAAUGCCAACUGUAUCAUUUACAAUUGGUGAUACAAAUUUCGAUCUCACUCCUGAACAGUAUAUUCUCCAAGUUGGUGAGGGUUCUGCAGCUCAAUGCAUUAGUGGUUUCAUGGGACUAGAUGUCCCUCCUCCAAUGGGGCCAAUAUGGAUUCUAGGAGAUAUUUUCAUGGGUGUUUAUCAUACAGUCUUUGACUUUGGAAACAAGAGAGUGGGCUUUGCAGAAGCAACUUGAAUCACCGAAUUCAAGAAUCCUCACAAUGCUUUGUUACGCCAAUUUAAAUUAUUAACAGACUGUUAAUCUUGAUUCUUGAAAGAGAGCCAAGAGGGCACCUAUGCAUGACUUUUGAUAUAAGUGAUUUGCAAAUAUACAGAGUACAUAAAGUAGUAUAUAUUAUUUUAUAAUCGUAACCUGUGUGCACGGUAAUUGGUUUUGCAUCUUA